AUGGCCGUCGAAGAGGACCAGAAGGACGUGUCGGAGCGAUUUCUGGACACAGUAGAGGGUGAAAUCUCGUUCUUCCGUUCCAUCAUGCGCACCCGACCUGUAGGCAUCCAUCGACACUUCCACGUGCUGUCUAUGCGCACCAAUAUUCACAAAGAUACCGGGCACCUUGUAACGGUCGAGGAGAUCUGGGACAAACUGAGGCAAUGCUAUGACUUGGACACGCUGGAAGGGCUGGAAUACACCCUCCCGCACGACCCAACCUUCGAGAGCCUCAUCGCUCCUCGACGCAUGCGUGGCUCCGCCUCUCUACCGUCCUCUCCCCCAGCCCCAACUCCCCCUCCAGCCACGAGAGGUAAGAGAGGGGUAGGAAGGGGGCGAGGAAAGCGAAGCGGAAGGGGCAGGAAACGUAAGAACACCGCUGGAUUAGUGGGGGGCGAAAGCGAUAGCAGUGCAUUAACUCAGGAGAGCGGGGAUGAAAGCGUCGCUCCCACCCCUAGGGAGAGCGUUGCCACUGGAACAGAUAUGGGCUCAGAGGCAGAGGCAGAAGAAGAGGAAGAAGAGGAGCGCGAGGCAUCGGCAGGCGAGCCGCAGAGGUGGUAG